CCUCCCUCCUUCCCGCCCUCGCCCGGCCGGGGGCCACACCAGCCCUUCCCAGCCGCCGACACGAGCAGGGGCUGCUCGCCCGGCCUGCUCGGCGGGCCCCAGACAAAGGAAGGAAGGAAGGAAGCGGGGACGAACCGGGGCGAGGAGGCGACGGCAGCCCGGCUCCCCCCGGGCGAGCGCGGCCGCCGCAUCCGUGUGCGCUCAGCCGGGGCCAACUCCGGCGGCGGGCGAAGUGACCCGGAGGGCACCGAGCCAGGCCGGCGUGCGAGAGGGAAGAGGAGGGAGAAGCGGCGGCGGGAGGAGGAGAGAGGAGCGGGGCCGGUGGCUCACCAGGAUCCGCUUGAAGAGGUUGCUCUCCUUGGGCGGCAGCGGCACGGACGGCAUGGCGCGGGCGGCCCUGGGACAGAUGUGUGGCAGCCCCUCUCAAAGAAGGAGAUACCUUUUUCUUUAACAUAGCAAAAUUAUUUUGAAACUUCUGACUUCCUUGAAGGUAGUGGAAAAAUAAGAAACAAAAUGAAGCCUUUCCAAAAGGUGUGUCUUUUCAAGAGCCUGCUUGCCAAUUGCUGCUGUCACAGCCAACUUGACAGCUGUCUUCUCUCUCCUGUGGCAAAGAAGAUAGGCUGCAUGGUGGGACUGCACAGCCAUGGAUUUUGGAGGCCAAAGGCUUUAUUGGACACAGCUAGAUUCACUCUGUCUUUUAGCAGUCGGCACAGGAAAAACCAUAAAGAUUCUCAGGCUUUGUGGAAGCAUGAGGCCGUGCAGAAGUAUCUGGAGACUCUAAGCAAGGAGUACCAGCAGGUUAGUCAUCAGUUAAGCACAGACUCAUUAAAUGACUUUGAGCAAAGAGCCCUGAGGAGAAGAUGUGCUGAUCUGUCCCCCAUUGCAGCUGCGUUUCACGAAAUCAAAGAGGCUGAAAGAGAAGUUCAGGAGUUAGAAGCGAUGUGCACAGAGCUAGACAGCAGAGAUGAGAAACAGCUUCUAGAACUUGCCUUAGAAGAGAAGAAAGGCCUGGAUGAAAAAAUGAACGUGUUGUGCAGAAAGCUUUUCCAGCUUCUAGUGCCAAAGGAAAAAUAUGAUAGAAGUCCUGUCAUAUUAGAAGUGACAGCUGGCAGAACAACUGGAGGGGACAUCUGCCAACAGUUCACUAAAGAGAUGUUUGAGAUGUACCAGAACUACGCCGACUACAAGCGUUGGACGUUUGACAUCGUGAACUAUACGCCGGCUGAGAUCGGAGGCUUGCAUCAUGCUGCUGCUCAUAUUUCAGGAGAGAAUGUCUACAGGCAUCUGAAGUAUGAAGGAGGGACUCACCGAGUCCAGCGAAUCCCUGAGACAGGCAUGUCGGCAAGAAUGCAGCGUAUUCACACUGGGACAAUGUCAGUCAUUGUCCUCCCUCAGCCAGAGGAGGUUGAUAUUAAAGUGGAUCCCAAAGAUUUGCGUAUAGACACAUUCAGAGCCAAAGGAGCAGGAGGGCAACAUGUUAACAAAACUGAUAGUGCUGUGAGGAUUGUGCACCUUCCCACGGGACUGGCAGUUGAGUGCCAGCAGGAGCGGUCACAGCUGAUGAACAAGGAAACAGCUCUGCGGACACUGAGAGCCAAGCUGUACCAGCAGCUCAUUGAAAAGCAGCUCAGCCAGGAGCAGAGCGCCAGGAAACUGCAGUUGGGAACAAGAGCCCAGUCAGAGAGAAUUCGUACUUACAACUUCACCCAGGACAGAGUCACUGACCACAGGAUCUCCUAUGAUGCACGCAAUAUCAAGGAAAUUCUAAGUGGGAAAGAAGCACUGGAUAAGCUAAUCAACAGGCUACUGGAGUUUGCAGAGAUAGAGGCUGUCACCCAAUAUCUAGAAAAUUUGCAGGCUUUAGAAGGAGGAGGCUGAAAACCUCAAGUAGAAUUAAAACAGAAUUGUGUUUGGUAGCCCAAUAGAACAGAUGUAUUUUUCAGAUGAUGUGUUGAUUAAAAGCUGUUUCUCUGUUUUUCAGUGUGUGAUCCUAUUAUUUUUGUAUCUUGGUGUAAGUGGGUUGAAUUUAUUGCAGCAGCCCUGGCAGCUUGGAGUUCUGUGUGCACGCUCCUCCUGUCUUGGCAGCUGGGCUUUUUUAAGCUGGUCCUUCUCUUGACAGUAUUGCAGCUGGAAAGGCACAGAAUUGUGGUGGUGGAGCAGAAUAAAUACCAUGUAGUGCACUUUUUGUUUGGUGGUGGGAGAUGUUCCUUUCCAAGUGAAAGAAAUUGAACUCCCCUAACAGAGCCUAGAACUUGGCCUCAUGAAUACUAUUUAUUUUUUUCCACUUAUUGUGUGAACUUCCUAAAUUAAAUCCCUUAGAAAUAACUUUGUAUUAGGAUGCUUUUUUUUUUAGAGUAAAUAUACAAAAACAAAAGGAGUGAAGGGGCCAGAAUGUUAAGGGACAAGCCUGUUAAAUUUCUUCCAGGAGUACUUGGGUCAGCUUGUGGUGGGACUGGCCCUGUGCUGCAGUUCACUUGCCAGAUUGUGGCAUCCUCUUUUCAUCCUGCGUGUCCUAGGUUCUACUGGAAAGCUGCUCGGUACUGUCUUCUGCAUGAGAAGAACCAGUUCAUGGUUUCAGUUAUGCCUUGUUUGAUUUAUAUUUGCAUAUCUAUUCUGUAAUCAGGAACGAUGUGUGAGGAAAUGUUCUUCUAAAGGCUGUAGUUUUUAUUGCUCUAUAUAGAGCAACAAUUGUAACAUUAUUCAGCUAUAUUAAAAAAGAUAGAAUUUGUAACAGGAAGAAAGCAGGAAAGUUAUACUCAGUUCUUCCAUUCUGCAAUUAUUUUUCCAUUCUUUUGUGUCUUCUUAUCAGCAAGCUUUGUCUGACAAUUCCAACACUUUAAUUACAAAAGCUUUGGGGCUUUGGUUGAGUUGGUUGGUUUUUGGUUUUUUUAAUUGGUAGCUCUGCAAGUCAAUCAGGGAACUUAUUACUGUGCAAUUCAGGAUUCAUUUGGACUUUGACUUCUUUCAGUAAGCAGUCCAGAAAAAGAACCCUCCAGAGAGAUCUGCAACUGAGCUUAUACUUCUUGCAGUGCCAACAGACUGGCAAUAACUAGUAUGAUCAGCUGUAAUAGGAGAAUAUCCAGCUAACAUGGUUAUCCAAUUACCACGUUCACUUCCAUUAUGCAAGUAAAUGCAUCAAUUAAUUUUAUUAAUUAUAUCUUUCAAAGAUUUCUAAGUUUCUCUUAGAAACUUCUUAAAACUUUUUAAAUACUAAGAUUCCACUUUCAGGAUUAGUUAGUGUCUAUGAAGUUCUUUACUAUGAAAAAUUACUGAAACACUUAAAAAUUUGAGCCUUGUUUAUUUUACUGGAAGAUAGUGAUAUUUCUGCAGCACCUUGUGGAUAUUUGUGAUUGAUUAAUUUUCUGUAGCCCUUUUUUGUCAACGGUUUUGUGCAGAGUGAUGAAGAAGAGGGAAAGCAGGCAGCAUCUCCCCUCCUUACUAAGUUUUGGAUGUCCCAAAUAUAGGUAUUGAAAUUUAGAAGCUGAGCCCCUUCUGCCAGCCUGGCUCAGGAGAUCCUGAAGGGUGUUUGUCCUAACUUUUCCUGCAAAUGCAUAUACAUGUGUAUGUCAGCAAAACAUGGGUAUGAUAGUUUGGAUAGAGUGGAAACACUUCUACUGGAAGCCACUGCCUGCAAGGCUCUGCUUUGCUAAAACCAGUUAUAUUUACUUCUCCUUAUUGAGAACAUGUUAUUUGAAAUUGUUUUCUCCAAACAUAAAAAAUAUUGAAGCUGUAUUUAAUUCUAAGCUCUUCUACCCCAGCCUUUCUGUGGGAUGUAAGUGCUGAGAAAUUGACCAUGGCCUGGCACUUGUCCUCAAGGAAGAGACGUGCAGCAUAAUGCUGCUAUUUCUGAAGUGUUUUUGGGAUGGAAUAUUUCAACUUGGGCUUUUUGGUUCUUAGAAGCAAUCAGGACUUGCAGCAGCAAAAUCCAUAGCAGGAAAAAUUACAGUUACAAAGCACGGGGAGGAAAAGGGAAACAGUUUCUCGGGAAGGAACAAAUAGCCCCGGGGAACAGCACAACAGAGCAAGAGAACGUUCCUCUGCCCAAAACAGCCUUCUCCUGCAGCUUUCCUUGCCUAAGAGUGUUACAAAACAUGAAUUAGCACCCAUCUCCCUGGCUUCCCCUCAGCACCGUCUGGGGACCUUACCCACAGACAUCACAGCUCGUGCAAGGCACCAACUUCACCUCUCUGCAGAUCCUGCUGAUUGAUAGGAAAUGCAGCUCCUGGAUCUUUUCAUGUCUCUGCUGAGGCCUCAGCAGCAGCAUCUCACCCAGCCAGCAGGGAAGCCAGACAAAGCUGGAAGGAGCAGCCCUUCCAUGGCAGUGGAGAGAUGGAUGUUUACCCUCUGCAAAAGGAGGGCAGCCCGGGUAGCUCACCUCGAUUGCUUUCAUUGAGUUAUUGAGUGUGUACCUGACUCCCAGAGCACUGCUUAUUGUUCCUAAGGCCAGCAAAUAUGCAAUACUGAAUCACAGUCGGUUAUCAUCAAAAAGCUCAUAUAUUUAACUUUAUUUUGAAUGUUACUAAACAGUAACUAAAACAAAUUUUAACCUGAAUCAGUUAAAAAUUUUUAAAUAAAAAAUUUAAACCCAGGGUUUUAUGUUCUUCAUAAUUGAUGCACAGAAUAAACCAAAUUCCAGUUACUGCUUAAGGUGCUACAGGAAGGCACACAGACAUUUUGUUGGUAGCCACAAAAGAAAACUAUAUAUUUUUAAUAAGCAUUUACAUAUUUACUGACCUAUUUUAGUUUAUAUUUACCCCAGACCACAUUUUGAACAGAAUCUGCACUCCUAAAUCUCUCAGGUUGCCCUAAACCCCCUGAACAGAUACACGAUCUAAUGCAGAUUGGUCAAAUAAAAGCUUUAUUCAGUAUUUUAGAAAAUUCCACUCCAAGAGCUUGCAAUAUUUUGUAAUUGCAACUGAGAAACCAGCUGUUUAACUUUGCAGACAUUACUUAUAAACUAAAACACUUCUCAAUCACCCCAAGCAAGCCAUUAAAAUCCACUGUCUCCAGCCCAUGGUCUAUACAACACUGUCUGCUGGUUUUUAACACAGGCUGUUUAAGGUAUUACAGGUAAAAUCAAAUCUGCUUUUGAGAAUCCUGGGGAUUCCCCAAAUUCUCCAAGAAUCUCUGAAUCUGGCUCUCUGGGAAUCCUCUUGAGCAAAUUUAGCUUUCUGAGAUGAUAAUUUGCAAAACUUUUUGUUUUAUAUGGAAACUUUUAUUCAAGUUCUAUCCUGAAACAUUUCACAAAGCUAAACCUGUUAAUCACACAAAUAGUUAACACAAAUUCUAAGUUAAAUAAUUUAGCAGGUAGAAGGUAGGGGCACUUAAGAGGUAGAUAGAAGAGAGACUAAAGAGGUCUGGCUGACAAAACAGAACCCAAGGGCUGCCACAGCUGAUAGAAGGAGGUAUACAGACAGCUUUUGUACCAACAAGCAAAAAGAUCUAAGGGCUGCAAACCCUGUAGGAGGAAUGGAAUGGAAUCUGUCUUGGGAAAAGGAAUUACCAAGGAAAUCAAAAGAGCACGUGUAGUCAAGUCACGAAAGAGCUUGUGUGCUGCUGGAAAACAGACAGGGUUCUUCAGGGCACAGUGCACACAGGCAGCAGAAGAGCUCGUGGGAGCCGGGACCUGGACACACAGUGGCUACAGAAAAACACAAAGCUUUCUGGAAUCUCAGCAGAGCAGGGGAAAAGGUGAAGGUGGACACCAGAAACCUGGCACAGCAGUGAUAGAGAUUUGCAUAUCUGGGAAUACUGGAGGAAGACAGCAAUAAUACGAAAAGAACUAAAAAAGGGGAGACAACUCAAAAAACUAAUCAAAGAAACCAAACAGCAUGAGAUUGUUUUUUACUUCCUUUCUGAGAUGCCAAAAUUUGCUCUGAAAUAAAAUUUUUCAAAGAAAAAAAAAAAAGAAAAAG